AUGACAGAAACGGGUCUUCGUUACGCGAUCGCACAAUGCACGUUCGACGAUCCGAUUCAAUGCGGGCUGGAACUACUGAUCGGUGAUCGAGUAUGUGUUCUUGGACAAAAAGAAGGCUGGGGAUAUGGACGGAAAUUCGAUGACAAAAAUGGAAAACGAGGAAUUUUCCCGCUCUCCUACGUUCAAUUCGUUCAAAAAUCCAUGUUCGUAUCGACAAGUGAUGGCUAUCUGGUGGUAGAUGAGAUUUCAAGAAUUGUCAACGAAUGGUGGACCAAAAUCAAGGAAUUAAUGCUAGAGACUACAAAAAUAGCCGCAUAUGAGGAUUUGAUGGAGUCUUUCAAUGAAUUAUUGAAUAUCAAAACAAAAAUUGAAAGUGGAGGAAUCCCAAUUGAAGAGCUGAAUAAGCUACGUCUUCGUGUUUCAAAAAUCGUGGAUCGUGGAAAUAUGAUUCUGCAUUUGGACGUCGUGAUUCGUGAUGAUGAAGGUGUUCCAUUCGAUGUAGAAUCUCUGUCACUGUUGAGGUCGUAUGAAGCUCAUAUCUCAUCUCAACGACGCGUCGGGAACCUUCUGCGCGACAAAACUGAACAAGUCACUCUAAACGACAGUUUUUCCCUUCUCCUCUCCAUCAAAUCCGUCGAGCUUCAUUGUAAAUACUCGUGCGAAAUCAGCAUAGCUCUCUAUGAUUUGGAGAAGAAGAUGUUCACAACCGACUGCUACAUUUUUCUCUGGAACGCCGGCACUGGUAAACACGCGGAUUUGAAUCUGAAGGCGUUGUUCACCGACUUUGCCAAGGAAGACAUCCGAAAGAAGUAUCUAAUGGUGACUCGUGUUGUCCACGUGGCACCAAUCGAAGCGUCGACUGCAACUAUGCGGAAGCACGGUCAUGAGAUAGUGGUUCCCAAGAACUUCUAUUGUCGGCAGUCCUAUGCAUCUGAUAUAAUGGAAAUCUCAAGUAUCUUCUUGGCCGGCUUUGUGCAUGAUGCAAAGGAACGUGUGAUCUUUUUGAAUAGAGAGCCAGAACUUCCGGUAUCCCUGAAAGCAUACCACGCCACUAAUCGGAUACCAAAGAAUCUCAACAACGAUAUGGAGACAAAACUGUUGAUUAGUACACAACUUGUACCUGGAAAUGUGUCACAAAUCAAAGCACGUCAUCCUCAAUUAUUCAGUAGAUUUCCAGCUGUCAUUCUUCGAAGAGCCGAUCGAACUGCUGUCUCUAUAGAGGAUUCUCGAAAUGAAAUGUAUAUCACUCUUAUGCAAGCGGAACUCUCUGGAAAAUCAUCCGAUCGAAAUAUUGAGGCACGUCUUCAUGUUGUCGAAUCCAAUGGAAAUGUGAUGGAAAACGUAUUUGAGACUAUUUCAGUCACCGGAUCUCAGUUAUCUACAGUCUAUAAGAGUAUCGUAGUUUAUCAUACUGAUAAACCAAUGUGGUCAGAACCGAUCAAGAUUGUUCUCCCAGCUAGUGCCUCUCACGAUGUCUAUCUUCGGAUUCUAUUCUAUUCGAAGAAGUCGUACGACAAGCCGAAGCCUGAAAAAGGGCCAUUUGCACUGGCCCACCUUCAAUUGAUCCGAUCGGCUGGGUUGGUUUGUGAUGGAGAACAUGAUUUGGCUGUUUACAAGAUUGAUAAUCCCGGAUCCCAUUUUGACGACACCAACAUCUCAUAUAUGGGUCUCCCGGCUACACGGAGAACCGUCAAAGAAUCCAUCGGCACUUCGAAGCCACACGCUCACGGGUUCUCAUUGAGUGAUAAGAGCUACGCACUGAUAUCAACCCAUUCAUGCUCCUCAAUGUUGACUCAGAAUGAACAUCUUCUGAAUGUGCUUCGUUGGAGAAUGAAUUGUGCGAAUUUGACGCCUUCGCUGGUGGCGUUGGCUCAACCAAUCGGUGACACGGAGCACGAAAUGAUCAGGUUCAUUUCACAUUUGCUGGACGCUCUCUUUGAAAUUUGGCACGAAUCUCAUCAAUUGGAGAGGAUAGUUUUCGAUGUGAUUGUGGCAGUUCUCAAGCUUUGUGAAUCGGGAAUCUUGAUAUUUUCAGAAGAGCCACGUCAUCACCCACAAGCUGCGAAGAUCUUCGAAGCCUAUUUGAAGCGAUUCUCUUACACUUCAGCGGCUCUAAAAAUCCUAACCUGUCUCAACCACUACGUCAUUUCGGAUUCCGAUGACUCCAACGAAAAAGCACGCAACGCCUUCAAAGUCAUGGGUCCCCUAUUCAAAGUUGUCGUUGUUUCCAAAAAGUGCGGAAUUCGUUUCGAAGAAUUCGAGGGAUUCGAGAGAACGUACAAACAAAACCUUCGAGAAUUCAUGAAGUCUCUGGUAAUGUUGAUGUCUGAGAAGAAGAAGAAAAUGACUGUACAAAAUACGGCACUCAAGAAUAUCCCUACAAUUAUUGAUCUUUUAUAUGAUAGUGAUUCUGUGUCGGCUGAGAAUCUUUGUGGAUUCAUUGUGGAUCUUAUGAACAACUUUGGAAAGGAUAUUGUCACAAGGGAACGCCUGAAUUUCAUUGCUCAGAUUGUGGAGACCAAGUUUUUCUCGCUUGCCAUCUGCCGAGAACAACUUCUCGCCCCGUGCCUUCAAAACGCUCUUCACAUCAUCCAACUCGACAACAUGGCGAUUGAAAAGGGAGAAUUCGCAGAUCGUGCUGCCGAGUGUGCCAGUAUUAUUGCAGCGAUUCUAGAGAGACUUUUCUAUGACGCGAAGACCGGCGAGAGUGGAGACCGCGAACUGACGUCGUUUAUUCUCAUGGUGUACCGCCCGUUGGUUCAAGCGAUGAUUCGUGUGAUUCACGACGACAAGCAUACUGACGACGAUGCGAGAGGUCACUUUUUCUCUGUGAUCCUGGCACUUCUGGAUAAAAUGUCCGCGCAAAUGUUCAGUGAAUAUGUGGAAGAGAGAACGUCGGAUAUUGAUAAGAGGGAUUUUUUGAUGGAAAUGGUUCAGAUGAUUCGGGAUUUGCUCAAUCGAAAUGCGUUCCCACCGACGUGGAAGGAUAUGAUCAUGCUGCAGAAUAAAGUGAUCCACAAAUCGCUGAGAUUCGUCAUGUCGGCCGUGCAAACGUUCUUCUCGAAUGACAAGUUUUGUGCGGAGAUGUGGCGAGAAUAUAUGGUUACUGUAGUCUCGUUUGUCACUCAAGAAGGUCUAAAUUCAAAGCAUGAAUGGAUGAAAAAUGAAGAUGAAGAUAUCAGAAUACAGUUGAGAAAAGCGGCAGCCAAGGAUCUCCGAAGCAUGUGGUUCCGAUUGAAUCGUGAGUUUUUUUUUCCAGGAGCGAAGAUCCUACUUGUAACAUUUUCAGCAUCCCAAAAACUGAACUACAUACCCAGCAUGGUUGGAUCGUUCCUAAAAGUCUCUCUAGUCGACGAUGACGAGGCUCGUGAAGCCACGAUUCCGAUAUUCUUCGAUAUGAUGCAAACAGAAUACAAUACCAGUGCGAGCCGGUCAUUUAAAGAAUUCGCUUCUGAGCUGGUUUCUCAGCUUGACACGAAUGUGGAUCAGCAGAGUGCAACGAAGGGUUUCAAGGAGCACUUUAGGCAGUUAUCAAUAACUCUGUGUCAAUCGGAUAAGGAAUUGAUGGGAAAUGGAGGAGAAGAAUUGAUAGAAAGAAUUGAUAGGCUGUUAACAGCAUUGAUAGAGUAUCAUGAGGUUGCAUCGAAGAGUUUGGUAGAGUGUGCGGAUAGUUUGAUGAGCAGAACAGUUCAGUUGAUGAGAUACUACAACCAGUACAGCCAUGAAGAAUUAUAUGUCAAGUACAUUUACAAAUUGUACGACUUGCACGUUUCUUAUGGAAACAAGAUAGAAGCGGCGAAGACGUUGCUGCGACACGCGACAAUGCUUACGUUUGAGGAUGAAGCUCUCCCCUCGUGGCUCAUCGCGCGAUCUCUCAACAGACACUGUCUGACACAUCGCCAAUUGAAGGAGGAUCUGAUGCAAGAAGCUGGAGGACUAUUCGCGAAAGGAGAAGACUGGGAGGAUGCUUUGAUUGUGUAUAAUCAGUUGAUUCCUGUUUAUCAAAAUCUGACAAUCGAUUAUCACAAGUUAUCAGAGCUUUUAAAAAAGAAUGCUCUAUUAUACACUUCCAUCGACCGUACCGAUCGUGCCUAUUUCUACUAUUACCUCGUCGCAUUUUACGGACAAGGAUUCCCGGCGUACCUCAACGGACACAAGUUUGUAUUCAGAAGUGAGCAACUGGAAAUGCACGGAGAAUUCAUGCAACGAAUCAUGAAGAUGUACGAUAAUCCAGAGAAAAUCAUGAAGACUGAUCCAUGCCCGCAUCUCGUCGAUUCGCCAGGACGAUGGAUUCAAGUUUUCAAUAUUGACCCAAUCGGAACUGCGUGUUCUUUUGAUGACAAUCCCAGUGUGAAUCCGGCGAUCAAAAAGUACUACAGACAUUAUAAUGUGAGUUUAAGCUCUAAGGCUUCCGGUCAGUCGAAAAUCGGCGACCGCCGACCUACGAUUCAAACAUUUGAAUAUUCGAGAAUGGAAGAGCGAAAAGAAACGAAAUGGACAUCAAUCGAUGGUUCAUCAGAAUUCAUGAGAAAUUGGUUGGUCCGUUGGCGAAUAAAAACUGUCGAUAGCCUUCCAACCGAUCUUCGAUUCACCGAAGUUCUCGAGCUCUCCGAACCGAUUUAUGUUAGCCCACUCCAGACGGCUGUUGAACAGAUGAAGAAGAAAAAUAAGGAGUUGAACGAAACAGCUUCCAACGCUGUCUACAACCCGAAAUUCGAUUUGAAACUGCUCUCCCGUGACAUUUUGGGUGUAGUCAGUGCUGCAGUGAUGGGCGGAGUCAAGAAUUAUGAGGUGUUCUUCACGGAAGCGUGCCGAAACAUUUGCGAGUGUGGAGAGCAGUCGAUUAUAAUGGAAUUGAGCUCUUUGAUCAUUGAACAAGUCGAGAUUCUGGAAUACUGUUGCUAUGUGCACGCGAGUCGAUGCGAGGGGGAAGCCCGAGCGAUCAAUGAGACGUUGGCAGAUGCAUUCGAAAGUCAUCGAAGAUAUGUGGAAGAGAAUUUCGGGAAAACUAGGUCACGUCUCCCAGCGAACGCGUCGAUUCGGCUGUCGACAUAUGAGUCUGCAGAAGGAUCGUUCGCUGAUAUGAGUGGAAUGACGACGCUGAAAUCCACGAAGGCAGCCGCGUUGGGUAGUGCUGUCGCUAAUCUAUUGUCUUCGAAUAAGAGGACCAGUGGACCGAGUACACCUAUUAAUUUGGCUAGUCGUUCGGCCCCUUCAUUCGACAACCUCUCCUCCAAACUUCGUUCCUCCCUAGCCAUCACGAAGCUGGCUCCGCCUCCUCGUCCUCCGAACCCAUCUCCCGCCGCCUACCGUGCUCCAUCUCCAGUCUACGAAGGAAUCAGAAUGCGUGCUCACUAUCCACAUCAAGCGUCUACCGUAUCCCUCAACGCGUUUUCCAGUCCUCCAGCACUCCCGCCGAGGCCCGAUGUGGACCCAAAUCGGACGCUGAAGAGGAAAAACUAA